GCAAACCAUUUCCGCUCCGGUUUUUGUAUCUGCAAUAAAUUCGAGCACACCCAGAAAAGGUGCCUCUGAUCACGAACCACAUACUGCCACAUUUUAUUUGAGGAAACCAGCAUGCAGACGAUAAAGUGUGUGGUGGUGGGCGAUGGCGCUGUUGGUAAAACGUGUUUACUGAUCUCGUACACAACCAACAAAUUCCCUUCUGAAUACGUUCCUACGGUUUUUGACAACUAUGCGGUGACGGUGAUGAUCGGCGGGGAGCCGUACACGCUGGGGCUGUUCGACACGGCCGGACAGGAGGACUACGAUCGACUGCGCCCGCUCAGCUACCCGCAGACGGACGUCUUCCUCGUCUGCUUCUCCGUCGUGUCGCCGUCGUCGUUCGAGAACGUCAAGGAGAAGUGGGUUCCCGAGAUAACGCAUCACUGCCAAAAGACGCCCUUCCUCCUCGUUGGCACUCAGGUGGACCUGAGGGACGACCAGUCCAUGCUGGACAAACUGGCCAAGAACAAGCAACGACCAAUCAUGUUCGAGCAGGGAGAGAAACUCGCGAAGGAGCUCAAGGCUGUGAAAUACGUCGAGUGCUCGGCACUGACACAGAAAGGGCUGAAGAACGUGUUCGACGAAGCGAUCCUGGCGGCGCUCGAGCCGCCGGAACCCGUCAAGAAGAAGAAGUGCGUCCUGCUAUAAUGCUGCUGCUGCGUCCGCUCACGCUCGUGGAGGCAGCAGCCGUCGCGACGUACAGCGUCCGUCGUCGUCGACCGCCGCAUUGCACGCUCGCGUCGUGAUAUCGUCGCUGCAGGUGCCUUCGUUGCCAAGGGAUUCCGGGAGGCGUUGCCGGGGGGACGACGCGUCGGACUUCCGUCACAAGCGAGGGAAGGUGCCCGUAAUCCGACGGUCGGUAACGACGUCCUUUUAACUACGAGAGCCGGGGGAUCAGGCUGCUACGUGGGACGGGGGGGGGGUGUUAAAUUUUGUUUUAAUAGCGUGGCGGUCCGGCGUCUCGUUAACCAUUUUCUGGUUCAGAUAAAAUCCGUGUAAUCAUAUACAUAAUACAUUUUAGAAUGGUUCGUUGUUCUCACACAUGGAUCAGUCCAUUUUGUCACCAUAGUUUUCACGGGAAAUGGGGGGAGGGGGCGGGGGGGUCGAGUCGUCAUAUUGAUCAUAAAACUGUACAUAGCGUAAUUCGUUCGGCUUUUCACAGUGGAAAUUACAGAAAAUCUGUUUCACUUACUAUAAAAGCACGUGAAAGAAUGGCUUCCACGACGAUAGCUUGUAAUGAUGGUAUAUUUCUUCUCCUUGCCAUUGCUUCGUUAGUGCACGCAGACGUAGACACAGUCGCGUAAUGUUAGAGUGUUGCGUAGAUAUCACAUGCAGCCAGGCUAAUGGUGAUUAUCGAACUAUAGAGAUUUACCAGCACAAAUUGAGUCUACUACUCUUAGGUGGGUGAUUGUGUGUGUGUGUAUACUUAAUUCUCAGCUGGCGAGGCAAAUCUGUGGUUAACAGUACGCUCAUAAUUCUGUUCCUGUACUGCCAACCGUUAUAUGAAUAAUUUAUGCUCGGCAUUAAUGAAAAGUGGAAGCAUAACUCGAUAAACACGAGGCCCAUAUAGUUGCCUUCAGUAAUCUUGUGCUGAUGCCAAGUGAUGGCCUAAGCAAGGCAAGUAUAGAAAAGUGUUAACCAUUUUUGCAAGAUUUAUUUAUACGCCUAUUGUAAAGCCUAAUUACAAACUCGUCGUCCAGUCAUUAAUUUACAUGAGGAGGGAUAGGAGAGAGAAGGAAGUCAACACACAAAAAACGUUCUUGCACAUUCACACCUGUAUGUAGCUUGUGUAAUAAUAGCAAGCCAUUGGUGAUGCCAUGAGGUCACCGGAACGAAGAGGCGGUGAUGAUAACGUUAGCUGUUAUAAUAUUUGAUAAUAUUUAUAAUGUGUAAAAGAGAAAGAGUCGUAGAGAGAGAGAGAGAGUGCGCGACCACCAGACUUACAGUCCAACGCAGGUGUCGUCGGUGGUAAAGGAUUUGUUUUCUUACCGCCGCGAAGAUAUUUUGUAUAUAAAAGACCGAUUUCAAAAACGAAAGAAAAAUUGCGGAAAGUUUACAAUCGGUGUUUAGGAGAAGUGGGGCAUGGGGAGAGAUAGCGGAUUGUAGUAUGUUCUUACGAUGCCCCGAGAAUCACAUGUAGCUAGUUAGGGUCAUGAUGCCAAUAACAAGCAGCAUCUGGACACCUAUACCCUACCGCAUCACGUUUAGAAUAAAUGCAUUUAAGGUUUACACGUAUUAGUACCUUAACGCUUGGAUCUAAUUCAUCACCGAAAAUUAGCUUUUGUGCUUUUUGUACACAUUUUUUGUACGGAUCUUCGUAUUAUUCAUUGCAUUUCGUUUACUUUGCAUGCGGUGUGAGGUAGCUGUGACCCGCCCGGGUGUACCGAAGAAAGGCGAGGAGAUUUUUAGCAGGUGGGAUCGUCGACCGAUCUCUACCGUGUUGGUUCGUAUUCGUUUGACUGCCCUACAACUUUGUUUCCGGUUGAAACGAUCUCGUCGGUUGAUCACUCGCAUCGUCCGAUGUCUGCGGGUGAUCACAGGCACGCACACGUUGGCUAGCGUUGGCGGUAGACUGCUGCUGACGUUAAACGGAUGUCCGCGGCUGCUGGUAGACACGUAGCAGCGCGCGUACGUGGCAGCCGUGCACGUGUGUGGCAGCCGGCUGCGAACUAGGUGCUCCUCGUUCUUGCAUGGCGUGAUUAGCCGACGUGUCCGUGAUCGGGGAAGUGAUUGCUGCGGUGAUGCGGUCCCUCAGGCGCGAGCCGGUGCCGGCUAGCUGACUCGUAGCUCUACUGGUGUAGCCCUUCGCUGUUCUGCUUUUGUAGUGGGAGCGAAAGGGCUACACCGGUAGAGCUAGUAGACUCGUAGCCCUUCGCUGUUCUGCUUUUGUAGUGGGAGCGAAGGGGCUACACCGGUAUAGCUAGCCGACUCAUCGUGCGACGCCAGACUGUGCAUGCCUCUGUUCUGAUUAACCCUGCUACUGUAAACGGGAUUCACAGCUGCCACUGCAGGAGGCCGGUUCUGGUAUUUUGAUAACGGGCAAAGCAAGUGCUAUAGCAGUCGUUCUUUGCCUGCGAUUGCUUCAAAUAUAGCUUCCACGGCGCUGAAGUGGCAUCAGGUCACCUAGUCGUGGUGGUCGAGGUUGCAGCGGACAGCGUAGGAAUGAUUAAAUCGCGUCACAGUUCCACCGAGUGUUACCUUUACCGUCGUUGACAAGGGCCUAUCGCGUAUCGCCACGUUGAAAGUUGUGACGAGUGUAGUCAUGGCAACGUGCAGGUGCUGUACUCCCAGCCACUGACAGGAAUGCGGCUGUAUCGUAAAACAGUGUUCGCUCUCUAUGCCAUAUGGAAUUUUUGUAGUGAGCCAGGUGCAACCAUUCGGUAACAAUGUGCCACGACGUUGUGUUGUCGCGUUGAUGGACUCUAGAUCUUGUGUAUCUAUUGGACUGUAGAAGUUUAUAUGGUAAUGUAAAUGUUAUAUCAAUGAAAUAUAAUAUUAGAAUAAAUAAUUAUUACUAUACUUA